CUUCAGUAUACAUACACCCGUAAUGCCUCUCCUCCAAAUCUUCCUCUUCUUUCCUCAAACUCCAAUUCUUAUCCCUGUCACAACUACGUGAAGACUCCCCUCUCCUUCUCCGGUCUCUACACCGAUCAUCUUUUAACUAUCUAUCCUUCUACACCUUCUCGUAUCACUAUCCCCCACCAUGAAGGCUGCCCGCCGUCCGAUGCGGGCGCUAUCAGGCGUCCCCUCCUCAUAUGCGUCCGCCAGAUACGUCAGCCGGACCAGCAACGCAAAGUCGUCCGUGGUCGCAUCGACCGCCACCAAGACCCUCCUCCAGCAGACCCCCCCUUCCACCAAGGACGCCUCGGGAUCCCCGCUGGCCAAGCUCCCUCUCGCCUCCGUCUUGCGGUCGUUGGUGAUCCUGUCUGUGUCGUCCUCCAACCUGCUGCUGAAGCCCUGUAUCUUCGCCCUCUCCACCCUCGCCCACCCCAAGACCGCCCUGUUGGACGUGGCCAAGAACCCUCUCCUCAACGCCCUGGUCAAGCACACUCUGUACCGCCAGUUUAACGCCGGGGAGAACAAGCUCGAGGUGCAGCGCUCCAUCCGAGAUAUCAAGCAGCUGGGAUACCGAGGUGUUCUACUGGGUUACGCCCGUGAGGUUCUUGUUGGCGAGGGCAAUGUCGACCCGCUCGACGAGGAGGCCGCGCGCGCCGAGAUCCAGACAUGGCUGGAUGGAACCCUCCAGACCGUGGACAUGGCGCAGGAAGGCGACUUCGUUGCUACCAGGUUCACCGGUAUGGGUACUCAGGUCCUCCACUACCUGCAGCAGCAGGCCGCCCCCUCGGAGUUCAUGGAUGCCGCCAUCAAGCAGGUCUGCGACCUGGCCAUCUCGCGCAACUCGCGCCUGCUCGUCGACGCCGAAGAGCAGGCCGUGCAGCCCGGCAUUGAGAGGUGGGCCCUGAAGUAUCAGAAGUACUGCAACGGUCAGACCCCCGGCCGCGCCAUCUUCUACAACACCUACCAGGCCUACCUCCGCUCUACGCCCGCCACCAUUGCCAAGCACCUGGAAAUCGCCCGCCAGGACGGCUACACCCUCGGUGUGAAGCUGGUGCGCGGUGCGUACCUCAAGACCGAACCCCGCCACCUCAUCUGGACUGAGAAGGAAGAGACCGACGCGUGCUAUGACGGCGUCGUCGAAGCCCUGUUGACCCGCCGCUACAACGCCAUGCUGCAGUCUGCCUCGGUCGAGCACAAGACCGAACUCCCCCCUGUCAACGUCAUCAUCGCCACCCACAACCGGGACUCCGUCCGCAAGGCCCACGCCAUCCGUCUCGACCAGGCUGCUCGCGCCGAGUCGCAAGGGGUCGAUCUCAGCUACGCCCAGCUCCAAGGCAUGGCCGAUGAAGUCAGCUGUGAGCUUCUUCAGGGCUUCAAGAGCGCCGAUUCGUCCGCCGCCCAGGAGUCGCCUAACGUGUACAAGCUGUUGACGUGGGGUACCGUCAAGGAAUGCAUGGGCUUCCUGAUGAGACGUGCUGUGGAGAACACUGAGGCUGUUGGCCGUACGAAGCAGUCGCAGGAGGCGAUGUUUGCUGAGCUCAAGCGCCGGGCUCGUCAAGCGUUCCGUUCGAGCAACUGAUGCCUUUUUUAGCUUAUGAUACCUUUCCCUCCCGUUUGUUCUGUUUUUUGCUCUUCUUGCCGAGGUAUCCUUGAUACCAACCUGGUAGUGGUAUCGGUACUUGCAUCUUGUUUUCUUUUCUUUUUUUUUUGACGGCUGAUUCCCUGAGCGUCUCUUCAUCGCAUAUAGAUGGCGUUAUCAAUUCUAGCUUGGCCCAAUAAUGAUACUGAGGCCGGGCGUCAUACAUUUGA